UUCCAUAAAUAAAUUGUAGAUUCGAAAGCUAAAUAAAGAGCUAAAGAAGUUAAUAAUUAUGAAAUGGAAUAGAAUCUUAUAAAUUUGACAAAGAACAAAAUUAUAAAGCGUUAUUUUAUACUGAAUAAGUUAAUUACAUAUGGGAUUGAUGUUUUCAGAAUGGUACUGAUAGCAGGAACGUCUUUCAGGUCUGCAGGAAUGACUAAGCAUAUUUAUCGGGAAAACGUAAAAGACAGAGGGAUUCAGGCAUUUUCGAGGCUAUUUUGUUCUCGGGCGUGAAAAAACUAUUGGACCAAAAUAAGUUAUGGAUGGAAAGAGACCGAUCAAAAUGGAUCCACUGUCACCUGGCCCAUGUCUAGAUAUUAGUGACGACGAGCUUGUUACAAUAUCGGUGCGAGAUUUAAACAGACAAUUGAAAUUACGUGGAUUGUCGAGAGAGGAAAUUGUACGUAUGAAACAGCGAAGACGCACACUAAAGAACAGAGGAUAUGCAGCCAGUUGUCGCAUAAAGCGUAUCGAACAAAAAGAUGAAUUGGAGUCAGAAAAAACUCAAGAGUAUCGCGACAUGGAAACUAUGCAGGAUGACAACAAUCGUAUGAGAGAGGAGAUAGAAUCCUGGCAUUCAAAAUACCAAGCGCUCAAAAAGUUUGCUCAAGAAAAGAAAAUUAUUAUUCCCCCAGAUUUAGAAAACAUAUAAAAAAUUAUUUAUAUUUGCUUAUUAACAUAUAUAUACAUAUAUAUACAUUUAAUAGUAGAAUGGUUAGAUAAAUGUUUCAACGCUGCAGUUGUCUACAAAUUUCUUUUUUGGAAUUGUAGGAAAGGCUUUUUUUGUACAUACA